ACUAGCACAUGAUGGGAGCCAGCCAAUGGCUCCAGCGCUCUCCUCGGGGGCCCCGUGUGUGUGUGUGACUGUGUGUGUGUGCGUAUGUGUGUUUGAGCGAAGGGGGAAAAAAAAGAAAAAAGAGAGAGAAACGGAGAAAGAAAGGGAUCUGGGUUGCAGUUUGAGCAGACCUGAACGCGGAACCAGGAGCACCGCUUUAGUCCACGGAUUGUUACUCUUCCUGGCUUCGCCUCGGAGGGAUAUUUUUGGAUUGUUAAAGGAGUUCGCCCCAACGCUGGGAAACAAACGUGAUUGUGAAGUGAAUUCCGAACGGAUUUUCUUUGGGGGAUUAAUCCGCUGCGGGGCCGGUUCAUUCAUGUUCUCAGCGCUGCUUUAAAGAGUGAAUCUGAGGGGGUUUCAAAGUCCGAACCCACUGCCUGUGCACAAGUUGGUCGCAGCGGGCCAUGGAGAUGGUGGCUAGCUGAAGUCAUCAAGUUUCCUCCGGUUUUGAUUCUUUCAUGUGCAUUGAAACGGAUUUAGCGAAGAUAUUAUAGCUGUAGGCAAGGCGUGAGGUCCCGUACAUGGAUAACAGUUUUGCAUGCAGUUGACAGUACCAUAUUCGUAGAUGAAUGCAUUUUGAUUUCUGUGUAACCGUGCAUUUUAGUUAACUUGUGUAUUUUUUUAAUGCAACAUUACAUUGUAGCUUCCAACCUAAUGUUGUGCUUUUCCCAUCAAUACUCGGCGUUUGGCUGUGCAUGCGUUGCACGGCAGUCAACCAACAUUAAUGUUGUGCAACGAGCCUAAAGUUAGUUAUCACCAGCGAAGAUCUGAACAAAAAUAAAAAGAUAUAGAUUUUUAAAUUGUCGUAUGUUCAGGACGAAACGCUCAGGUCUUGUGCGGCGACUCUGGAGAAGCCGAUUGAUUCCAGAUAAGGACGGGGGCGAUGGAAAUGGCAAAUGUAGCGAGGGCUGUCGGGACGAUCUGUGCAGCAACAACCCAGAGAAAAUUCCCAAGACGGAACUCAGACCGAUGACACCGAGCGGGUCGCUUGUAGUGGACUAUGGGGGAAUGUGUGCUCGGAGUUCCGUGGAGUGUAGCGACACGGGGGUCACCAUGGACCAAGAUGGGGGUGCGGUGCAUGCUUUGGAGCAGGAAAGCCCCCGAUCCGUGCAGGACAGCGACUGUAGAACUGUUACGUGCUGUUUGUUUAAAGAUCGGGACCACCCCGGAUCCCGAAGCCCAGAGACGGCUCAGGGUAAGGAACCCGGCUCUUGCCAGUUCGCGCUGAGGAACACUAGUUCUCGGGACUGCAGUUCGCCCGAGGGUCAGGAGCCGAAGCCCCGCUCUGUUAUGGAGCAGGAACUCAAGACCGCCACCUACUCGCUUCUGAAGAGGCUGAAAGAGAAAACGUUGGAUACGCUGCUGGAGGCCGUGGAAUCUAAGGGAGGGAUGCCGAGCGAGUGUGUGAUGGUGUCCCGGGCAGAACUCCGUUUGGGCGGCCACAUGGCUCCUCCGCAGCUGCUUCUGUGUAAGCUUUACCGGUGGUCGGACCUGCAGCACACGGCCCAGCUUAAAGCGCUCUGUGAGUGCAAGGGCUUUGGCAUCCAGGACGGCCCUUCGGUGUGUUGUAAUCCCUAUCACUACAGCAGACUCUGUGGCCCAGAGUCGCCGCCUCCCCCCUACUCCAGGCUCUCCCCCAGCGAAGAGCACAAGCCACUGGAUCUGUCAGAUUCCACUCUCUCUUACACUGAAACGGAGGCUGCCAGCUCGCCGGACAUCACCCAAGGGGAAUUCUCAGGCCCUGCUCGCAAAAGGCGCUUGCUUGCGUUUGCGAACUCCUGCCGAGUGCGUUUGGAUAAAUGCGCAAACUUUGCAGACGCCAGUAUGUCACCGGACGCUCCGAAGCAGAGUCACUGGUGCUACGUGGCGUACUGGGAGCACCGGACGCGUGUGGGCCGCCUCUAUGCGGUGUACGACCACGCCGUCAGCAUCUUCUACGACCUACCUCAAGGCACGGGCUUCUGCCUGGGCCAGCUGAGCCCCGCGGAGCAGCGUGGCAGGGGUGGUGGAGGAGGGGGCAGCAGCACCACGGUCCAGCGUGCCCGUGGCAAGAUCGGCUACGGCAUCCUCCUCAGCAGGACGGACGGCGUGUGGGCCUACAACCGCAGCCAGCACCCCGUCUUUGUCAACUCGCCCACGCUGGACGUGCCGGGCAGCCGCAGCCUGGUGGUGCGCAAGGUCAUGCCCGGCUACUCCAUCAAGGUGUUUGACUACGAGCGCUCGGCCGCGCUGAGGCAGGCGGGCGUCGCCGAUGGGCCCGAGGUGCUGGACGGGCCCUACGACCCCAACAGCGUACGCAUCAGCUUCGCCAAGGGCUGGGGGCCCUGCUACUCUAGACAGUUCAUCACCUCCUGCCCCUGUUGGCUAGAGAUUCUGCUCAACAAUCACAGAUAACACAUACAAACACAAACACACACACACACACACAGACACACACACACACACACACACACACACACACACAAACACACACACACACACACACACACACACACACUACGGACAACUGCGAGAGACGGACUGCAAUGCACACAAGAGACAUAAGGAAAAGUCAAAGCAGAAUGGACCCCACAAACUAUCCCAAAUAUCAUCUACUUAGAUUUAAUAUAAAGUUUUAUAUAUUAUAUGAAAUAUAUAUUAUACUUGUAAAUACGGGAGUCAUUUUUACAAUGUAAUUAUUUAUGUAUGGUGCAAUGUGUACAUGGAGAACAAGAGGAAAAAAAUGGAAAAUGCACUUUGGCUUAUAUAUAUUAUAUAUAUAAAUAUAUAUAAAGAUAAAGAAAUCUUUCAAUACCAAUUUGAAAAAUUAUACAGCAAAAAUAGGAUCAGCCUGGUUUUGGUGUAUAGUUUUCAUAUUCUAUUAAUAUCCAGACAAAAAAGCUAACACCAUUCACACAUUGGUAAUAAAGUAUUCGCAUAAUA